AACAUUCGCGAAGUCUUACGAAAUGUGACGAAAGUGAGAGGCGCCAUUGGUUAGGAAAAAUUUCUUGUGCAAAAUUUGCUGCUUUACAGUGAAAAUCAGAGAUUUUCCGGGUAAUUUUCACUGCGUGUGUAUUUGCAAAAGUUCCAGGAAGGUCAUUUGAGUGUUUUCCACUAUUCGGGGGCGAAGGAACACGGGGAAAUUGGGGGAAAAUACGUCGUGUUGACAUUCGGCACUCGAGGAAGCGGAUUCCUUGUGAAAAAGUUCCCAUUUUCCCGCAAGAAUUGUCUGCAGGUGAAAAUUGGGGGUACAAUGUAGCUGCCCGGAUACUGGGGUAGUACGGUAGUGGGUUAAAAGUGCAGGAAGUGAGUGAAUUUGCGUGAGAUUUGAGGCUAAAUUUGUAGUCGCGGGUGAAAAAAUGGCGUCGUCGACACAAACAGAUUCAGCCACGAAAGAUCCUCCCAAUUGUUGCCCCCAAAAUCCCCCUCCGGAUGCAUUGGGAGCUGUUGAAGUGCCCCCAGGGGGGAGUGCAGAAGCUGAGCGGGGGGAGACAGAACCCAUGGAGGUUGGGGAGUGUGGGGAAAAGUGUGAAAAUGAGGCAAAUGAUGCCAUUCCCACGAUUGGGGAAGAACUCAGUGGCACAGACAGUACAGUGCAGAAGAAUGGGGACGCAGUGGUGUCUACUAGUGCUACGGAUUCCCCAAUUCACGGGGAGCCCACAGAGAAGGAGACAGAGGGAUCACAGAAGAAGAAAAAUGAAGAUCUCGCCGCCACGGAGGAUCCGACCAAGAAGAAAAAAUGCAAGAAGCGUGAGAAAGAAAAGGGCGAGAAGGAGGAAAAGCGUCGACGUCGUUCAUCGGAUUCCCGUUCAAGUCACGAAAGUGAGAAGUUCAGUGAUAACAGUUGUUCGUCGUCAAUUAGCACUUGUGGUGCACGCGAGAGGAGUUCGGGCGGCACAAAGGUCACCGAGUGGAAGCCCAAAAGUGCAGGAGCGAAGAAGUUGGUGAGUGAAAGUGCCUCCGUUGAUGGUGCAGAAGUAAAGUUGGAACAGGCAGUGGGGAGUGAUGGGGAAGUACCGAAGAUUUUCCCCGUCGUGACAACACCUCCCCUAAGGCAGGAUGUUUUCAUUAAGAAGGAUUACUUGCCGAAUCCCGUAAAGACGGAGAAGACGCGCGAUGAUGUGGCCAGGGUGCUUGUCUUUGGGGCUGAUGAUGGUGAGGAGGAGAAGAAGGUGGUGGCAGCAGCAGCAGUAGCGUCAGUUCAAGUGAAGGAGGAGAAGAAAGUGGAGGAGGAGGAGGAAGAAAAGAAGGAAGUUGUGGUUGCUAAUGGUGAUACAGCUGUUAAUGGUGUUGAGAAGGAGGAACCACCAACAGCAGUGGCAGCUGCUACUGCUACUGCUCCAGCUGCUUCAGCUGCUUCUUCUGAUGCAGUUACAUCAACAAGCAGAAGUCGUGAUUCCUCACGGAGUCACAGCAGCCACAGGCAUCAUCACAAAUCCUCGUCGUCGUCGUCGUCACACAAGAGCAGCAGUCGCAGUGAAUGCUCCAAAUGCUAUCGGAGGUCCAAAGUGAAGAAGGUUAAUGUUGGUAUUCAGUGCAGAGCGUACAAAACUGAUGCCACAAACACUGCAACCACCACCACCGCUGCUGCUGCUGCUGCUCCUACUCCUGCUCCUGCUGCUGCUGCUGCAACAGAAGGAACACGAAUUUCAACGGCAAAUCGCGAUAUGAAUUGCAAUCGCAAUGAAUACGCUCACCUCAAGUACGGGAAGUUCUUCCGGCGUGAGACGCACCCAAAUGGCGGAGCGUCCGUUGUGCACAUGUAUCAAGAUGAGAUUGAACAUCUCUCACCCACACGAAUGGCUGAGCUUGUUGAUGAAUUCUUCUCGGUGGUUUUCAGUGAGGAUGAGAAUGGCUUUGCAAAUAAUGUGAUGGGAAUUGUGCACGAUGCUGCUGCCUACCUGCCGGAUCUUCUUGAGCACAUGGCGGAGAAUUAUGGGUCGUUGACGGUCAAAGCGGGCGUCUUGGGGCGCAAUUCGGACAUUGAGACGUCCACGAUGCUUCAGUAUCACGAGCAAGUGGUUAAAACCUACUCACAGGGCACCGUACGCUAUGGGCCAUUGCAUCAGAUUAGCCUUGUGGGGAAGGUUCACGAGGAGGUGGGUGGGUACUUUCCGGAUUUGCUGAGUCGACUCGAGAAGAAUCCUUUCCUGAAGAAGGCAAUGCCUUGGGGUGAGUUGUCAAUUGUCCGAAUGGACCCACGCCUAUCCAAUGAUGGGCCUAUUUUGUGGAUACGCCCUGGGGAGCAACUAAUCCCAACGGCUGAAAUCAAUAAGACCCCCCUCAAGAGGCAAAGGACUCGAAUAAAUGAAUUGCGGAAUCUGCAGUACCUUCCGCGUCUUUCGGAGGCGCGUGAGGUGAUGUUUGAGGAUCGUACGAAGGCGCAUGCAGAUCACGUUGGGCAUGGGCACGAUCGUAUGACCACAGCAGCUGUUGGGGUGCUAAAGGCAAUUCACUGUGGGCAGGUGGAGAAGCAGAAUCGCAUUACGAAGGAUGUGGUGGCAUUUGCGGCGCAGGAUUUUCCGCAUUUAGUGGAGAAGCUGCAGCUGGAUCUCCAUGAGCCGCCCAUAUCGCAGUGCGUGCAGUGGGUGGAGGAUGCCAAGUUGAAUCAAUUGCGCCGCGAUGGGAUACGCUAUGCACGGAUACAGCUGUAUGACAAUGACAUCUACUUCCUGCCGCGGAAUAUAAUCCAUCAAUUUAGGACUGUGACAGCAGUGACGAGUAUUGCCUGGCAUUUGAGGCUGAAACAAUACUAUCCGGAUGUGGAUGUGAUGAAUGAGGCAAACAAUGGGGAGCUAAUUGAGCCACCGCAGUACAAAGAGAGGCAAACAAUCCUUCCGCAUCCGAUUCCCCUUGAUGUGGAGAUGCGAAAGUAUACGACGCCGGUGAAGAGGACACACGAUGGGAAGCCGAAGAAGAGUGAGAAGAAGGAUCUCGAGAGGCGACGUAGUGACCCAACGGACGCCACGAAGAAGAAGACGGAUGAAGCAAAGAUUGAUAUGCGAAAGCUCGUAAUUGAGGGUGAUGGAGCAAAGGAGCAUAAGCACAAAGGGAGUAGUAGUAGUAGCUCAUCGGGGCAUAAGCAUCAUCACAGCAAGGAGAAGCAUAGGAGUGAGCAUCGGCAUCACGAUAGGACGUCGUCGUCAUCGAAGCACAAAUCCAGCCACACAAAAUCCUCCUCAUCAUCCACGGAAAAGUCCUCAAGUCGAGGGGAGUUGAAUGUUGUGGCUGAAUCACCACGAAGGACAUCAAGUGAGGUGAGGGAGGUGACAAAGAAUGCAGCUUCUACUGCUACUGCUGCAUCACAGUGUGAGGUGGAAGUACCCAUUGAGCCACCAGCUGCAGCUCCACCACCUCCUCCGCCGUCUCCGUUGAGGGAACAACCACCCCCGCCGCCGCUUCCGCCCCUUCCACCACCACCGCCUCCGCCACAGGAUGAACCACCAGCAAUCCCAGGGCCACCACCACCUGAAGAGCCCACCGCUGCCGUCCCAGCUGCUGUUAUCUCCUCCCCAAAACCCAGCACUCCAGUCCCAAAGGCAAAGAAGCCCACGACGACACCACCUCCGGAUCUCCUCACGUCCAUUAUGGCCAGCAUGGAUACAACACCAGGUGGCCGCAGUGGGAGCUUCUAAAGGGAAAGAACAUGCCCCAAGGACAAAACCCACAAAAUCACUAUGUUGCUAUUUUGAAGAGAAAGAAAAAACCUUAAAAAGAAAUUAAGAAUUGUAAGAGAAAUCCUAAUUUAAUACACACUAUUAGUAAGAUUUUUUGCGUUAUAAAAUAUUAUUGCAAAAGUAGAAAUACACAAUUUAAUAUUUUA